AUGUACGACACCGUGGAGUUGAUCAGGAAGCACAAGAUGCACUUCGCUUUGCCGCCCCUCGUCGACCAAGGUGAUGCUGAUGAGUGGCUUGAAGAAAAUUUAAAGCCCGAGGAGCUUGUAAAGGCCUGCGCUGAAACUGGCCAGGAGAUCAACUUGCGUUAUCAAAAGGGCUACGACCACAGCUACUUCUUCAUUAGCACAUUCAUGGAAGACCAUCUUCGAUUUCACGCGAAGAAUCUCGCGACACUAUAA